AAAAAAAAAAAAAAAAAGAUUUAUUAAUGUAAGACAACUAAACCCAGAGCUCAGUAACGGUACAUCGGAAACUUAUACAGAAACUUAAGAGAAAAAAGGUUCUAAUCUUGAAGGAGAACUGUGUUAUUUAUUCUCUCGAUACGAUUUAUUUACACGCGGUGUGUUUAGCCAUUAAACACGAGACACAUUCCUCGGUUAGCUUGGAAAAUAAACAAACGCAAUGCUAACGGCUAAUGGACUGUAGAUAACGAGCAACGCGGCGCGAGCCAGACUGAAGAUUAUGAAGAUUGAUUAUGAAGACUGAUUCAGACUGAGAAGGUUAAACUAUGGAGCUGUACUGGUACAUAGUUGUCAUAAUAUUUAUUAUGAUAAAGAUCUUCUUCUACGUCUGCUGGUACCGCUCAAGACAGAGGCAGCUGGCCGCGUAUCUCAGUAAUCCACGCAACGCUCAGAUCGUUAUUGUGGGAGGAAGAGCAUACCUGCACCAGAUGUGCGAGAACCAAAAUACGUCAAUCUGGCCAAAUUGGUACAGCGUUCAGGAUGAUGGCUCUGUAGGUGAACCGUCCGUUUCUCUUCCACCUUCUUCAUCCCUCUCUCAACUGGAUCUGCCCCCUCCAUACGAGGCUGUUUCUGGAGCGGACGACCUGAAACCUCCUCCGUACAGCGAGUUUGCUCAGAACGACGACACGGACACGUCUCAGAGCAUCGCGAUCCCAGAGGGCAACAAUUCGAGCAUCAGCGAUGACCCGCCUCCAUACACCCCCACUGCCAAUCAGCACACCAGCAUUCAGUGCCAAGCCGAGCCUGAAGGGAGAGUCUCUUCCAGCUAGUCUCUUCCAAUGUCAUGUCUCAGUUUUGUUCACAGCAAGGGCUGUACUUCUCCAUGCAGUUGCUCAGCGUUUAGUUAGAGACUCAUUUCUUUGUUAUUUUUACUCUUAUUAAAGGUGCAUGAGGUGGAUUCUAAACAUCGUAAGAUAUUAAGGGAAAUUGUUGGUUUAAAAAACAAAAAGAAUGAAAGUGGCCUAUUAAUAUUCUCUUCUUGAAAGAUGAUGAAAUGGUGAGCUGCUCUAGUGUUAAUGGGUGCUUUAAGCUCACUCAUGCCUUAUUUUGAUUUCUUCUUAUAUAACCAGCAUCAUGAUGAUAACACACUUGUGUACCAUGUUUUCUAGACAAUAUGUCGCACCGGGUACAAGGAUGAAUUCUUUCUGCUUAGAUUAAGCAUUCGUAUACACGUCGCUUUGUUCACUGUAACGUAUCCAUUUUCUUAUUUUACAUAUAGUAUGUUCUGCUCCUAAAACAGCACUUAAGCACACCCUAGUGGUAUAGCCUUGUUUUUGCUACUGAAAAUGUCUACACAUUUUCUUUUCCUUUUAGACUGAAACCACCUUAUUUACUUGAUAAGGAGCUUUUGUCGGUGUGAACUCUGCUGCUCCAGUGCCAGUUUCUUCUAGCAGCUAUCUGUCUGUAACCACGGAAUCUCCAGGGUAAUAGUAGUCUGCCCUUCAGUAACUGUCCUGUAGCGAGUGAAGUAGAAUGCCUUCUGUAAAACAAACUCAGAGCCCAUAGUCUGGAAAAUAUGGUUACACACACACCACAGCAAUGACUUUGUCCUAUAUGCAUUUCAACUUUCUGACAUUUAUAGGUCUAAUGACUGCUUCAGUGCAGGGGUGGACAAAUAAUAAAUUCAAUAGCUAGCCUUCCUGGCAAAUGUGAAGCUCCAGUGUAUUGCCCAGAUCCACAUUUAAACCUAAUUGACUAGGAAACAAAAUGAUAGGCAGUGUCAUUUAAUAAUAUAUGGAUAGCUAGUUAGCUAGUUAUCAAUACAGAAUAAGGGAAACGAAACAAGUACAUCACCCAGAGAGUCCUUGUCCCCAUCUGAUAACGUAUAAAUGCAAGGUGCUUAUUUCACUUUGUUUCCAAAUACUUGCAUUAAUCCUUAUAUUAAAAUUGGACAUCUAUCUUCUGUAAAUCUGCCUAGUAAAAAUUCAUUCUACCGCUAUAGCUCACUCUUCAGCCAAUGAUAUAUGCUAUAGGUAUCAGCUGUAUCAGUGCAUUACUUUUAUACAUACUCGCCUAAUGAAAAGUUUAGUGGUCUAUAUGGAGUACAGUAUUUAGAUUUCUCUGAUUCUGCCUGCUUGCUUGAUAGCUAGGCAACUAUGAAUUAAAAAAACAGACACAAAACUUAAUAGCCUGGACAGGAAAUAGAAUAAUCCUGGGCUUCUUAUUUGUCCACCCCUGUUGCAUAUUCACCUUGAAUUAAGUGUACGUAAGUGUGUAGUUAACAGUGCCAUGUUAGAAUGAGAUAUUUCUCAGACCUAGAAACAUUUGUUCUCGUCUCUAUAAACGCCCAAAGGGAGAGGAUUCUGUGCAGAGGUUUGACCUCAUGUUUAUGCAUAACCUCGCUUUGUAUGUGAUGACAAUUUCUAAAACUAUCCCUAAGCACUUUUAUGUCUGUGUAAUUGCCUUACUUCUGUCUGUGUAAGUGGGCACGUGCCGAUAAUCGGGGUGUACAGUAUAGCUCAAUAUUCAAGUUAAUGUUGUUAUCAUGGACACUUAAAGCUAUCAGAACCAUCCUUGCAUUGCAUACUUGAGGAAUUAGGUUUGUCUCAGUAGUCUCAGAUUGGGUGCAUCCUUCACAUCACGAUUGAGACGCGUUUCCUUUUCGGUUAAAAUGCUGCUAAGCUUGUGAGAACAGGUCCGGAUAACUGUUUUAUUUUCUUAACUUGAUAUCCUGAUGUUAUUGUAACCGUGAUAAUUGUUACUCACUUAUCGCGUUAUGACAAUGUAUGACCGGCACAAGCCUUUUUGUAAACGGCGAACAUAAUUAACGAUCAUCGGAGCCCACAUGGCAAUGAUGAUGUGUGUAACUGCAGAGAGUAUGACCGUCGUACCCUUUGGCUUAUCAGGCGACCGUAAUGAUUUAAUGCAUUUACGGCACACAGUAAGGAACUCGCCUCCUUCUUUAUGAUUUCUUUCAGUAUGUGUGUUUAUUAGUAGACGUUCAUAUCAAUGUUAAUGUGUUUUAAAGAAUGUAUGACUGUGCAGUUGUCAAAUGUAUCAGGUUAACAUACACUUACUGGCCAAUUUAUUAGACACACCUACCUUAUUUGUGGCUGAUGCACCUGUGAAAGUGCCACACAAACUACUAUGUCUGUGUCAUUACUGAACUGAAAGCAACCAAAAUAUCUGAUUAGCCAGUGAUCCUAUGAUAGUCCCUUUCCACUAAUAGGGGCUAACAUCAUAGAGAGCAACAGAUGGGUUACAGUCAGUAGUUAUACACCUCUAAAGUGGUCUUGUACGGUUGGUGAGUCUGUUAAAAUGGUCAUUAAGUAGCUGUCAUGUAAUAAACUGGCAACUCAAUGUAAUGGGAUCAAUACUUUUUUAUUAUUAAAGCCUCUUGGUAAAAGAA